UCAUCAAUACGUAACGUCACCGUCAUGAAGCGGCAACGUUUAUCGAAAACAAUAUUUUGACGUGACGCAACCGGUCCGUUCUUGUCCGUUCGGAUAGUAUGAAUGUGACAACUAAACGUUUCCGUCAAAUUUAAAUAAUUAUAUUUUAGUUAUUUUUUCAUUAUUUUAUCAUGGAUGAUGAAAAUUUAAUAGAAAAAGUUCGUUUAUAUGAUGAACUUUACAAUAUGGCACAUAAAAAGUACAGUGAUAAUCAUCAUAAAGAUAUAAUAUGGAUGAAAAUAGGAAAAGAAUUGAACACAACAGGGCAAGCAUGUAAAAAUCGAUGGAUCUCACUCAGAGAUCAACUUAGGAAGGCAAUAAAAAAGAAAAAAACAAAAAGUGUACAAGCAGCGGACAUACAAAAAAAAUGGAAGUAUGAGGACUGCAUGUCUUUUGUAAUACCAUUUUUUAAAGAACGAGAAACGUAUUCUAACAUAUUAUCUCUAGAAAGUGCUUGUGAAGAGUCAAAUGACGAAAAUAUUUCCAAUAAGAAUGACAAUACAACAAAUAAUGAUGUUCUAAAUGAGGAUGAAGAAAGUGAAAAAGAAACUACGUUAAAACGUAAGGUUAUGGAAUCUCAAAAAAAAAUGAAAAUUUCAGCUUCAUAUUAUUCUAAGAAAAAAAAAAAUAAUAAACCACAAACAGCAUCAUCUGUUUUGAUGAAAUAUAUAUUGGGUAACGAGACAAAUGAUGAACCAAACGCAACAUUUUAUAAGCAUCCAAUCGACACAUUUUUCCAAGGGCUGGCUGCUACUGUUAAAACAUUUUCACCAGAAUACCAACACAUGGCAAAAAACAAAGUGUUUGGGAUUGUGUCUGAUUUAGAGUGGGCACAAUUACAAAAUAAAUCAGCUAAUCCUCAAAUCCCACUAUCAAUAAAUCCUUCAACAUCAUACUUUUGCUCUAACACUCAAGUGGCACCAUCACAAAACACGAUUCAAUACAUUCAAACACCAACACCGUCUCCUAUUUCUAGACCAUCAUGAUCAACAUCAACUAUUACUCAACAUUUUUAUGAAAACAUUGAUCCUACAAAUGUUCAAAAUAUGUAUUGACAUUUUAUUGUUUUGUUAAAAAA